CGGUAAUUUAUCAAUUUCUACUCCGAUUAAGGUUAAUUAAAUUCGUAUAGCUGCUCUGAUAGUUUUGAUAUCACUGUGAAAUGUUAAAGAAUGGUAAAAAAAAUUUUGGAAUUUUGAUUUGUGUUGGUGAAUCGAUUUCAAUACCAGGAGGUGAAAAUCAAGGUCAGAAAAUCGCGGCGGCGACGUACUUGAAAAACUUCACUAGGAAAAAUGUUGAGGGGGAUGUGUCGAGUUCGGCACCGAAAGUCAGUAAGGAGUUCAAGGACCAGCUCUUGCGAGCUUUGCUGCAAUCGGAGCCCGCGGUUGUUAAAGUUUUGGUUGAAGUGGUAUGCAAUUUCCUCUGCUGAAAUUUUACUAUGAUUAGUUUGGUUUGUGAGUUUUUGAUGUGUGAGAUUUGUUUUGGUGGCUUUGGGUGGCAGUUUCGGGUUAUUGUUGUUGCGGAGUUUGUUAAGCAGAAUUGGUGGCCUGAACUUGUUCCUGAUCUGCGAGCCGCUCUUGAGAAUAGUAACCUUAUUAGUGGCGCAAAUUCACAAUGGAACACGAUUAAUGCCCUUAGAGUUCUUCACGCACUUGUUAGACCUUUUCAGUAUUUUUUGGAGGCUACAGUUUCUAAAGAGCCAGUACCGCCACAGCUUGAGCUAAUUGCAAAGGAUAUUCUUGUGCCUUUGUUAACAUUAUUCCAUCAAAUUGUCCAAAAGGCAUUGGGUACUCCUGGCAUGACAGACAUGGAAACAGAAAAUUUGCUUCUGAUUGUCUGCAAAUGCAUGUAUUUCACUGUGAGGUCGCAUAUGCCAUCUGCUUUAGUGCCUCUUCUACCUUCGUUUUGUCACGAUCUAAUUGGCAUUGUUGAUUCUUUGAGCUUCGACUGCGUGGUAACACCAGAAAAUGGGUACCAGAUGAGGUUAAAGACUGGAAAAAGAAGUUUGCGCAUUUUCUGUACUCUCAUUACUCGACACCGAAAGUAUUCUGAUAGGUUGAUGCUAGACAUGAUAAAAUGCGCUCUGAACAUAGUCAAAUACAGCAAGAAUAUCAGCAAGAUUGACUUUUUAUCGGAGAGGGUCCUUUCAUUGUCUUUUGAUGUGAUAUCACACAUUCUUGAAACAGGGCCUGGAUGGAGAUUAGUUUCUCCACAUUUUUCGUAUCUAUUGGAUUCUGCAAUCUUUCCGGCGUUGGUAAUGAAUGAAAAGGAUAUCUCAGAGUGGGAAGAAGAUGCAGAGGAGUACAUACGAAAGAAUCUUCCAUCUGACCUAGAAGAAAUUUCUGGCUGGAGGGAUGAUCUAUUUACUGCCAGAAAAAGUGCUAUAAACUUACUCGGUGUUAUUUCAAUGUCAAAGGGACCUCAAAUGGGAACUUCUUCUAAUGCCUCAUCAGCUUCAUCAAAACGCAAAAAGGGUGAAAAGAAGAAGCAAAACAAUCAAACUUGUUCAGUUGGAGAACUAGUGGUGCUUCCAUUUCUGUCAAAGUUUCCAAUUCCUUCUGAUGCUAAUCCAUCCCAAACUAGAAUUACGAAUGACUAUUUUGGUGUUUUGAUGGCAUAUGCUGGCUUGCUAGAUUUUCUAAGGGAGCGGGAACCUACAUAUGCAGCUACUUUGGUUCAAUCUCGGCUACUACCAUUGUAUAAUUUAUCAGUGUGCCCACCGUUGGUUGCCACUGCAAACUGGGUGUUGGGAGAACUAGCAUCGUGUCUACCUGAGGACAUGAGUGCAGAUGUGUAUUCCUCGUUGCUGAAGGCAUUGGCUAUGCCUGAUAGCAGGGAUACUUCUUGUUAUCCAGUGCGGGUAUCGGCUGCUGCAGCCAUUGUAACACUUCUUGAUAAUGACUACACACCACCUGAGUGGCUUCCUCUCCUUCAAGUUGUUAUUGGUAGAAUUGGCUGUAACGAGGAAGAGAACUCUAUUUUAUUCCAGCUUCUUAGUUCUGUGGUGCAGGCGGGAAAUGAAAAUGUUGCAGUCCAUAUCCCAUAUAUUAUUUCAUCAUUGGUUGUGGAAAUCUCAAAAUGCAUGCCCCUUGAUCUGGAGCCAUGGCCUCAAAUGGUUGAAAGUGGUUUUGCGGCAUUAGCAGUGAUGGCUCAAAUUUGGGAAAAUGAUAUGUCUGAAGAUCUGGAAGAGAAUGAAUCCAACCAUAACUUUCUAUUAGGUCAAGCUACUAUUGGCAGAGCUUUCUCUGAUCUCUUGCAACGGGCUUGGCUUGCACCAAUGCAUCGAUCGGAUCAGGAAGAUAACACUUUGCCACCUCCAUCUUGCCUAGAUUCUGCAUCAACGUUGCUUCGAUCCAUCAUGCUAUCUGUUACUGGAAGUAAUGUUAUUCUAGAGCUUAAAGUGCCAGAGCUAUUAUUAGUUUGGGCUGAUCUCAUUGCGGACUGGCAUGCUUGGGAAGAAUCUGAGGACAUGUCAGUCUUUGAGUGCAUUAAGGAAGUUGUCAAUCUACAUAAUAAGUAUGGGCUGCAGAAUUUUAUUGUAGGACAGAUGCCAUCUCCUCCAGCUCCACCUGUUCCCAAGCAUUCUGUGAUAGAAGGUAUUGGUACUUUUAUAAGCGAGGCCACUUUACAAUAUCCAUCUGCAACAUGGAGGGCUUGCUCUUGUAUCCAUUUGCUGCUACAUGUCUCAAGUUACUCAUCUGAGACAGAAAGCGUGAAGCAGUCAUUAGCAGCAGCAUUUUGUCAGGCGACAUAUUCCCAUUUCAGAGAAGUUAAAAGCAAGCCUGGAUCUCUGUGGAAGCCUUUGUUGCUUGCUUUAUCAUCAUGCUAUUUAUGCUGUCCUGAAGUUGUAGAGAGUACAUUGGAAAAGGAUGGAGAUGGAGGCUUGGAAACCUGGGUAGCUGCCCUCGGAAUGAUCUCCACCAACUCUUUCAAACCUGGGCUAUCAAGAGAGUCGGAGAUAAAGUUGAUUGCGAUGGCACUGGCAAAAGUGGUUGAGCGACUUCUGAUACUCGGAAAGCCUGGUUCUCUGCUUCGAGAAUGCUUUACUUCUCUGAUGGAAGCAUCUGCUCGAUUUAAUGAAGUUGAGGAAGAUAACGAUGAAGAUGAAGUAGAUAUAAUUGAUGAAGAUGAAGAUGGUGAAAUAGAAGAUGAUGACGAUGAUGAAGACUCGGAGGACGAUGAACAUGAAGAAACUGAAGAAGAGUUCCUGAAUCGAUAUGCUGAAGCUGCUCUUGCCUUGGAAAAUGGUUCAGUUAUUGAAGAGGGGGAUAUCGAAGAUGAAGACCAGGAAAUGGAUUUUGAGAAAGGUGCAUAUUUCUCGCUACUGAAAAGCUGCCUAGAAGAAAUUGAUCUGCAAGAAGCUGUCACUUCACUUCUACAGAAGUACCAUCCCAUUCUCAUAGAACAACAAGAGGCAUAUCCACCAGAGCUCAUUUCAAGAUUUGUAGAGUCCAUCCCGCAGUGUAAGAUUUUCUUUCAGCAUUAUUCUAGGUGAGCAAAGCAAGUGUGAUAUGAUUG